AUGUUCGAUUACUUCUCAGUAACAAUGUGGAUUAUCAUCACAUCAUUCUUCUCAAUGCUUACAGCCAUUUUCAACUACUUUGAUGAAUGGUAUUACUCAGUUGUUGGUGCAAUUCACAUUCUUGUCACACUUUACAUUAUCUAUCGUCUUUUAUUUAUUCCUUUCUACGAAGUUUGGAGAAACUCAAUCGCUUUAGCCUUUGGUAUCACAACAAUCUUAUGA